CACCCAUUUCCAAACACACAAAAUCAUACCACACAGUUUCUUUUACACACAGUGUGCACUGGCACCUAAUCUGAGGUCAUUUCAAAGGACACGGAGAAAAAUAGAACAACUGUAGAAGUUUAGAAAGAAGAGGUUUGAGUGGACUGCAUGAGCUCUGUGUUGUUUUCUCGGAGAAAGGGACAACAUGCAAGUCUUCCUCCUCCUCUUCCUCAGUGAGAUCUUGCUGCUGAGACUGACCUCUGCAACCACACUGAAAGGGCAAAGACAAAACAUGAGGGUUAGUAUCAGCGCUGUUGGAGACACCAUUGUUUUCAAGUUCUUCCAGCCCCAUGUGGACACCAGACUGGAGGGAUACAUCCUGGGCUAUGGCAGCAGCAUGUUCUCCAAACAAUUCAUCCAGCUACCUGAGGAUGGACAACCCUAUGAGACUGAGAUAGAUGCUGAGCCCAAAUAUCUAAUUGCGGUACAGUCAAAGAAUCCUGAAGAACCUAAGAAAAAAUGUGCAGGGAAAGUGGAUCUAGAGAAACCAUUGAACAUUGUGAUUGGCUCGGUAACACAGUCGUCAGUGCUGCUGUCCUGGGGGACACUAAUGAUCAGCCCCUUCAUGGAUACCGUUCUGGAUGACUGUUUUGAUGAAGGACAGUUCACAGUCCGCUACAGAGAGAAGGAACCUAGCAAUACCUGGAACUACCAGACCUGUCCAUCCACCAGCACAGUCAUUGACAACCUCAAACCAGAUGCUCUGUAUGAGUUUGCAGUCCGUGCUGACACCGACACAAACAGUGGAGUCUGGAGUCCAGCGGUCAUCCAUAACACAGCUGAUCAAAUAAUAGAGCCAUUCAAGGAACUGAACCAGGCAAAGCCUAAGAAGCCUCUCUUAGCAAGUCAGCAAUCAUUUUUGCCACCAGUGCCAGUCUUAAGCAACAUUAACCAGACCAGAGCAGCCCCUCUUCUUAUACACACUAGCCUUCCAAAGCAAAGGAAAACUUCAGGGGCGGAAAAUCCCACGACAGUUCCUAAACAGCUACCUGCCUCAACCGAGGCCCUUCCUUCCUCUCACACGUCUAUCAUUCUGCCCACGCCAAAGACCACAAGCACAGUUCAACCUCGAAACCCCACCAGUCAUCCCAGUACAACCCAAGCAAAUCUGAUCACAGAGCAACAUACUAGCAUAACCCCACAACAACCUACAACAUCUCAGCCACAACCUUCCAGAACCCAACAAAAAACCAGCACAACCCUUCCACCACCCACUACAAUCCAACAAUAUACCAUCAAAACGCAGAUCUCAGUCAAAGAUCAACCAUAUACAUCCAAACAGCUGAAUACAGCCCAAUACCAGUUUAGUGAAACAUCUUUCCCUAAUCCACCAACAACCAAACCACUAAUUCACCAAACUCUACAACCCACCACAAGCACUAUCCAGGAACAUCCCCACCCAUCUAAGAAACAAGACACCAUAACUCAGGACAGUCUCCAUACAAGAAAAAUUCAGCCCAGUACCAAGCGGCAUCGAUUGAGCACAACCCAGCGUUCACGAGGCACGUCCAAACACCAAACCACUCACACAUACUUUCCAAAAACCACUUCUCACUACCAGUUCAGCACAAUUGCAAAUUCCGAACAGCCAAACACCAAACCACCACCACCAACAACACAGAACUGGUCCACAAACAGCCAUUCUCCGACAAACACAGCUUUGACUUCACCCACUACUUUGGCAAAUAUUGUCUCAAUAACAGACAAACAUACAGAUGUCUUAGUAUCACAGCUGAAAACCAAUGUAAGCAAACAUACAGUAUUUAGCACUAAUCCAUCCAUCCCUGAAGAAUAUUCUACAUCCCAUAUUCCCACAACUGAAUAUCCUCUUACCGAGAAUAUACAGGAACUGACUCCACAUCCUAUAUAUCUACCCAUAACCUUUUGGUACCAGUCUAGACCCAGCACCACAACAAAGCAUUCCAGCACCAUUAAACAGCAAGCUAGCACUGCUAAAUACAACCCAAAAACGGACUCCCAGGUUGAAAAUCGACAGCCUACUCCUGAAGAACGGUUGCCAGGUACCCCAAAAAACCUAUUAAACCUCACACCUCAAACAGCUUUCACCAUAUCUGAUGCCGUUCAAAACUCACCCGUGGCGGGAAGGGUAACAGUGGGGACGAAUCAUCCAAGUCGACCAGCGGCUAGUUCCCAGCCAAAGGACGAACAGCUACUGCCACAGCCAACACUUACAAAUGAGGUGCCCAAUAGGAAUGAGGGGAGAGGUAUCUUCCCCAACUCUUCUCCUGUGUUCCACCCCAUGGCAAGAAAUGCUACACAUAAACUGAGGCCUCGUGGUCGUGUCCCUCCAGUUCCCCCCAAAAGGUUUUUCAGGCCAACCUAUGGGUAUCGUAACUCAACUGUCAACAAGAAAAGGGAGCACCAUCAAAGACUCUGGAGGGACAAAAGCCAGAAGAGAACCAAAGAGCAACAUGUGAAGACAAUGCGGAACCAGGUCUCAAAGACUAAAGAAAAGGAAAAGGUUACUGAUCUGAAGCAGAUGGACCCAGUACCAGACAUGAAACCUCUAGCUCCACCCACUAUUGAAAGACCAGCCAAAAAACGGCCUUCAUCGACAACAACCCCACAAUCUGUUUUUGAGGGGAGUCGUUUUGAUACCGUUGACAACUCCUCUGUGUUCAGUUCUCAUCCCCUGUCUGAGGUGGAUGCCACAGGGAAGAAACGUUUCGUAGCGCCUCAUGUGAUCUAUAGAACCGACAAACGUCCGGAGGAGCCCUGCUCUGUCACUCGCUCUCUCAGCUUCUUUCCUGAUGAGGAGGUGGGAAACUUGAAUGUCACUGGCCCACCCAAGAGCCCUCCUUCCAACCUUACUGUGGUCACAGUGGAAGGAUGCCCCUCCUUCAUCAUCCUUGACUGGGACAAAACAGACAAUGAGACCACAGAAUAUGAGGUAGUUUCCUCCACCAAGGGUCCGCAUGGAGAGAAGGUGUCCAUCCAGACAACAAAUCAAACACAUACAACUGUGCAGAACCUGACACCAGAGAGCAGUUAUGAAUUCAAAGUUACACCCAAAAAUGAGCUGGGUUCAGGCCCAGCCAGUGAACCAGUCACCUUCAGUACUGAGUCAGCUGAUCCUCGUGUGAGUCAGAUCCAAACUGGUAAAAAUGCCAUCUGGUCAUCAUUUCCAUUCAAGGCUGACUCGUACUCCGAGUGCAAUGGGCAGCAGUUCAUAAAGCGGACCUGGUACCGCAAGUUUGUGGGUAUCCAGUUGUGCAACUCUCUUAGAUACAAGAUCUACCUGAGCGACGCUCUUAAUGGGAAGUUCUACAGCAUAGGAGAUCAAACAGGGUAUGGGGAGGAUCACUGCCAAUUUGUUGACUCGUUCCUGGAUGGACGAACCGGUGGUCCUCUUUCACCAAAUCAGUUACCACCCAGAAAAGGCUUUUACCGGGCCAUGCGUCAGGAGCCUGUCAAGUUUGGGGAGAUCGGAGGAAAUUCCAUGAUCAACUACGUGGCCUGGUACGAGUGUGGGAUACCCAUUCCUGGGAAGUGGUAGGACCCCGAGGAGCAGAUGGAAGAUGUGGCAGAUAAGAAACAUCAGUUGCCAAGGGAGAACAGCCUUUUUACGGGAUGUUUGUGUACAGAGAAUGAUUUCAUUGGAGUAUGUAUCUGUAUUUUCAGGUAUCAGGCACAUAUAGAAUUAUUUAUAAGCUGAAGUAGUGCAGCAAUCGUACAGAGAGCUAAAUGAAUAUUAUUGUUGAUAUGUUGAACUUUUGGGAUUAUAGGGAAGCAGGCUCCCUUGAAGGCUAGAUGAAUGUGAAUAAUUUUUUUUUUUAAUCAAAAUGUUGCAUAUGCCACUGAAACAAAAAUGACCAUGACUGGCCAACUUAAUGUUCCAGGGUUAAAACAGGUUUUGUAGACAGCAUCUACACACAGACAGCAUCUGACAUUGUCAUCACAGAAAAUAAUUUUUGCUAACAAAAAAUAAUACAUAUAUGUAUACAUUCCAUUAACAGCUCAAGCACAAUGUUUAACAAAUAAUUUAAAGACUGUCAUUUAUACAAUUGUUCAAGCCAUGCAGUUUUUCAAGUUAUUGUAAUUAUGCUAUGAAUGUCAGAAGUGCAACAUCUCUUUAACAAGGAAGUCUAUUGUUUUGUACAGAAGUUUAGUGACUCAUGAUUUCCAGAGAAAGCUUUUAAAUGCCAGAAUUUAUGUAACAUGUUUUUACAUUGAAACUUUUAUAUAUUUUAUAAUGUUUAUAAUGGUGCUGCUUUAUCAAUAAAAAAAAAACAAGCA